AUGCUAAUUGUUCACGAUUUGAAAGCAGAUACUCAACGUUGGUUAUCACAAACCAACGGCCCUCCAGGUCACUACAACUUCCAACCAGGAACCAUCAUCAUGAAGUUUGGCGAGCAACUCCGAUCAAGUGUGAUCAAAGAGUACCAAUGGUACUACAUUGCGUAUGACGAGCUGAAAGAGAAGCUCAAGACCCCCUCGACGAAAAAUAAGUCGAAUUCGAAAGGAGAAAAAUGGACCGAAGCAAAUGAAAGAGAGUUCAUUGAUCUCAUGGAGGCAGAGUUGGACAAGGUACAUACCAAACAAAAAUUGAAGGCCAUCGAAAUCAGUCGGAGAAUUGCGAACGCGGAUAGAGAGGUUAGCGAAGUCGUGGGAAGAUUGGAUUCAAGAGGGCCCGAACGUAGCAAUGGACCAGUAGAUUCUGAUGCUCCUACCGAAGAAGAGUUCAUGCUAUUGGAGGAAGACUUGAGUGACAUUAUCGCGGACGUACACGAUUUGGCCAAAUUCGUUCAACUGAAUUACACUGGAUUUCAGAAGAUCAUCAAGAAACAUGACAAAACCACCAAAUGGAUGCUAAAACCUGUGUUUGCGACAAGACUCAAGGCGAAACCCUUCUUCAAAGACAACUAUGAUGCCGACAUCGUUAAGUUAUCCAAAUUGUAUGACUUGGUCAGAACAAGAGGAAACCCAGUGCAAGGAGACAGCUCGGCAGGUGGAAGUCAAGCCAGUUUCAUUCGACAAACAACUAAAUAUUGGGUGCACCCGGAUAACAUUACCGAGCUGAAGCUUAUCAUCUUGAAGCAUCUACCGGUUCUUGUUUUCAAUGCCAGCAAGGAGUUCGAAGCGAAGGAUUCUGCGAUCACGUCGAUUUACUACGACAAUCCCGAGACUUGGGACCUAUACGAGGGUCGACUCAAGAAGAGUGAGGGAGCUGAGGCAAUCCGUCUUAGAUGGUAUGGCGAUGUCGACAAUGAACAUAUAUUUGUGGAGAGAAAAACCCAUCGUGAAGAUUGGACGGGAGAGAAGUCAGUAAAGGCAAGAUUUGGGAUCAAAGAAAAGAACGUCAAUGCAUACAUGAAGGGAGAAAUGCUACCUGCUACUAUAUUUGAGAAGGCUCGCAAGGAGGGCAAGAAGCCAUUGAAAGCCAUCGAGGAGGACGAGAGACUUGCUAGGGAAGUUCAAUACUCGGUUAUCAAGAAGGGUUAUGUACCUGUCUGUCGAUCUUUCUAUAACCGCACAGCUUUCCAAUUGCCCGCCGACGCAAGAGUUCGUAUCUCUUUAGAUACCGAGUUGACAAUGGUCAGAGAAGAUAAUCUUGACGGAAGAAGACGCGCUGGCGAUAAUUGGCGAAGAAUGGAUAUCGGUAUUGAUUAUCCAUUUAGUCAGUUGCCUGCAGAAGAUGUUGAAAGAUUUCCAUAUGCGGUUCUCGAAGUGAAGUUACAAACCCAGGCUGGUCAAGAACCACCGGAAUGGGUACGAGAACUCAUUGCUAGUCAUCUUGUUGAAGCUGUUCCCAAAUUCUCAAAAUUCAUUCAUGGUACCGCGACUCUCUUCCCAACUCGCAUAAACCUUAUACCAUUCUGGAUGCCACAAAUGGAUGUAGACAUCCGAAAGCCAGUCACUCAGUCGUUCGGUAUCAAACGACCAGGUCACUCAAAUCCAAGUUCCACAAGUGACGAUGACGACGACGAUGAUUCUGAUGAUGAAGAUUACAACUUCAAUCAAUCUGGGGCUGGGAACAUUGCCACUGCGCCCGAGACCCUACGACGACGCAACCAUGGAGCAACAGGAAAUAGUCUUGAUAUCGAAGAAGAAAUUGCCAGCAUGCCAUUGGUGGAAGAGGACUAUAUCUAUGAUACUGAUGACGAAGAUUCCAUCGACAAUCGACCAUUUGAGGAAGCUAGAAGAGUUGGCGGUCUAGCCUUCGUAACAGAAGGCAUUAAAUAUUAUGCUAAAACUGCGGGACAUCAUCUAUCUCGAAAAAUCCAUUCUAUAAGCCCUGCCCCAAGAGAUCCCAUGGAUAGUAACAACGCUACAUUCUCAGCUCUUCGAAAUGGGGGUGGUAAAAUCGUGGCCAAGAAAUUCAAGGCACCGCCUGGAAAGAAGAUUCACGUACCUGUUCGUGUCGAACCAAAGGUGUAUUUUGCCGCGGAGAGAACAUUCUUAACUUGGCUCGAAUUUUCCAUCUACAUCGGUACAAUUGCAGCCACACUCGUCAACUUUGGAACAAAACCUACUGCUGUAUCCUUCAUUGCUGCAGGUUUCUUUUCCGUAGUCGCCAUUAUGAGUUUGGCCUACAGUGUAGGCAUGUACUUGUACAGAAGUAAUAGCAUUAGGGAGAGGAGAAACAUUAAGUACUAUGAUGCUUGGGGACCGAGUAUAUUGUGCGCAUCGCUCUUUGCGGCGGUCGUUGUCAAUGCUUGGUUCCAGAUGAGUACUAAGGAAUGA